AUGGAUCGCUUAGCAAAUGCAGUAGAGCCGCUGGAGGCCGACGAGACAGAUAAUGCAGCCGAUGGACCAGAUGCGGCUGUACCAGUCCCCAGCGGCACCGGCUUCAAGCUCUCUUCGCUUCCACGGUCGGUCUACAUACCACCCUCCUCGGCUCGAGAUCAUCUGGCAAAUGAGCGCGUCUUCCUCGGUUACAUCAGGACAUCAAGCGCAUUCGCAAACUUUGCGGUGGUGAUUCUGCAGCUGUACAGGCUGAACCGAAGCUCAGCACCAGCGGACAGAUUAAGCGACUUUGACCUGGGCAUUCCAUUUGCUACGGCUACUUUAGUGAUCGGCACUUCUGUAGCGCUCAUCGGUGCCGCAAGGUUCUUCAUCUGCCAAAAUGCAAUGAUCCGGGGGAGAGCGAUUGGAAGUGGCUUGGUGGUUGUAAUAUUCAUCGCUGCAACGUCUCUUCUACUCCUUGUCCUGUUCAUCUUCACCAUAAUCGUCAAUCCUGAUCUGUAA